AUGCUCCGCUGUAGCAAUGGGUUCUUACAGAACCUAGGUGCUGGUGCGCGUUUAGGCAGGCGAUUUCAAACUGAUACAUUAUCGAGACUCGGUGCCUCAUCACAUGCCGGGUUCAGCUUUGCUAGAAGCAACUCAUCUUUCGCUUCGCAAUCACGGCCUCCGCGUGCUCAGUAUGAAGAAAUUUUCGAUUCCAUUGACGGUGCACCAUCCAGAGUUAAAUUGGCCCGCAAUGCACCCAGAACAUCGGUUCGCAAUGCGCGGCUAGGGGACACCCAGAACUUUAACCGCCAUCUAAAAGAAAAACAAAGAAGAGACGUCUCUGGAAAUAAAGAGGAAGUUGAUAUGCUUAUGGAACUUGCCAAAGGAAAAGGCCUUCCUAACGGGGUCAACUCGUCUGUUGUUACUAGAGAACUGCAAUGGUUACAGGAUCCGAAAGAGUUCGGAAUACGAAUUGCUAGACUUUUACAGACAAACAAAGUUCCGUUAGCUGUUGCAAUGAUAAGACGAGCGGAGUCUAUGAAGAUGGAUAUUUCCACAGCUUGGAACAGGCUUUUGGGGCAUUGCUUUGAAAGAGGCGCGCCGCUAGCGGCUUUCCGGUUCUAUAAUGAUAUGAAGAAAAGGGCGCGAGCCCCGACUGCCCAUACAUACACUAUCAUGCUGAGAGGUCUAUGUCGAAAGUCUCUACAAUCUGGCGUGAAGCCGGUCGACCUUGCGUACAAGAUAUAUAGGCAAUUGCUGGAUAAUGACUCGGAGGUCAGACCCAAUCACUUUCAUUAUCAUGCCAUGCUCGAAGUCUGUGGGACAUAUCACGACAUGGAUAUGUUAUGGACUGUUGUUGGAGAUCUUCCUGAGCUUGGUCCCCAUCGGCCUACAGCACAAACAUACACUCUUAUACUGCAAGCUAUUCUUGGCACUCUCGAUCACAGCCUCAAAGAUAUACCCGAGGAUCAAAUGGCGCUGAGAAAAGAGAAACGCGAUACGCUAAUUCUCGAUGCAAAGCGAAUCUGGGCAGAUGUCAUAAACCAGUGGCGCAAGGGCGAGCUGGAGAUUGAUGGACCUCUGGUUGCAAAAAUGGCUUGGGUUCUCAUAGAUCCCAUGGAUGAGACCAAUUCGUACAAUGCCCUUGCAUUGUUCAAACAAACAAUGGGUAUUCCUAUCCUUGUUCCUGACCCCAAAGCUGCGUCAUCGCAAGCCUCCGAACAGGGGGAAUGGGAGGCCAACUUGCGUCUCAAAAAGGGACGAGAAGGGCCUGAAGAGGAAAUAACUUACACAGCCUGGAAACCCUUAAAACCCAAGGACGAAGAGAUGGAGGAGCUAGAAGACGACUUGAUUGUGAAGGAAGAAGGACAGGACACAGAAGAUCUCGUGGAAGAUCUUGGAGAUGUCUUUGACCCUGUGGAGGAAGUCAACAAAGAAGGCGGGCCCUUGUUUGUGAAGCCAGAUAACAUGCAUCUUCACAUUAUUUUAACAGUGUGCCGGAUCUUGACCAAAGGCACGGCCCCAGGGAGGGGUUAUUGGAACCUUUUCACUCUGGACCACAACGGUUAUAACGUCAAACCCGAUCCAGGCAAUUUUUAUGCGUACCUGCGGCUUCUUCGAAUAUCUCGAUCCAGCCAGACUGCUCUUGACGUAGUUCGCCAGCAACUCAUUCCUACGGGCGCACUGGAUGGCAAGGCGCUACAUAUAGCCAUGAGUUGCUGUCUCCGCGAUCGAACCAACCCCAAUGUGCUCCUCAUUGCACAAAGUUUCCUGUCUCUCAUGCAAGAACACCUUCCUUUGCCUGACCCUAGACCACUGAUCAGUUUUAUCGAGCUUGCAAACGUGCUGACCGAAAACCCGCAAUGGCUUCUUGUACUCCGAGGACUAGAGGAAAUUGAUCCUAACGAGACAAAUCUCACCAUCAUGGGCCGCAAUAUGAGAUGGGCACUCCAAAAGAGCGUCAUUGCGAGCCUUGAGCCACAUGUCAACAGACUCUAUGAAUCCAUGGAGAGAGCGCUACAGUCGCCAGUGAAAUUCUACUCCUUGGGGCCUAAUAAGGAUCCAGACGCUGUGAAUGGCCAUCAUGCGCUUCAAUUCAUGGUCAAGUUCCGUGAGCUACUGGACAAAGUGCUUGGAACUCAAUAUGCCAAUGUGAUGACCAAGUCAGAUCGCGCCCGUAUUCAACCGUUGGCGAUUAAACUCAGGAAGUUCUCGAACCCGGAAAUUAUGGCGAAGAUUGAAGAAUCUAUCGUUAUACCUUUCUCAACUUCAAAAUCCAAGCUCGAUAGCUGGUUGCCUGCGGGCCAAACACCACUGCGACAGAACAAGAUGGCGUCACCCUCACAUUAUAGCAUUGAAGAUGAUGACGACCUUCUGGACAACGACCUGAUUGACGCGGAUGAUGCUGCCAUCGAAGCCGACGAUCCCUUAAACACAUCUGACACAACACCUCUACGAGGGAACAUCAAUUCAGACGCAAAUGCAGGCUCUUCCUCAUCACGGAGCGCCGGCGGACUCGGCGGACUAUCCUCAAAUUACCUCACAUCCUCCAUACCGGGCGAAGAUCGUCGCGCGCCGCAAAAUACCAUUGACGAAACUGUAUGGGAAACACUAUCUCGCGAUCUAUUGGCAGUAUGGGAGAAAAUGAGACAGGUCCUUUGGCCCAAGUAUUUGCUUGGCGGUCUUUUGGUGCGCAGUGGUGGUGGCAUUGGAGGUGCUGCGGAGCGAGGAGAGGCAUCGACUGGCGCUGCUGGAUUUGGUCGGAAUUUGCGCGGUUUGGUGGGAAGAUGGCCUGAUGCCGAUGUUGUGCUUCAGAGUGGAAUGAGUGAGGGCUUGCGGGAUUGGGAUUUAUGGGGCCCUCUUAUCUUCUGCUUACUUCUUAGCAUGUUCCUUUCCAUGCGAGCUCAUGACGAACAAGCGUCCCUUGUCUUCUCGGGUGUUUUUUCUAUCGUCUGGAUUGGAGAGGCCAUUGUCACUUUGCAAAUCAAGCUGCUUGGAGGGAAUAUCUCAUUCUUCCAAUCCGUGUGCAUCAUCGGAUACACCUUGUUCCCUCUAGUCAUUGCUGCACUCUUGAGUGCAUUGGGUCUACCGAUGAUUGUGCGAAUUCCAGUUUAUCUCGUCCUGAUCGCUUGGUCUCUUGCCGCCGGAGUCAGUAUCCUUGGUGGCUCGGGUGUGCUUCGCAAUCGCGUGGGUAUCGCUGUUUACCCAUUGCUCGUCUUUUACGUUUCGAUCGGCUGCCUCUGCUUUAUUAGUUAG